AUGCCACCAAAAAAGGAAAAGGAACAUGCCACGAAGAAACCGCCGAAAACCGAUAGACAAAAGAAAGUUGAAGCUGAAAUGAUGAAAACACUUACAACACAAUAUAAUGGUGUUCUUUCAUCAAAUGAUUUAAAAGGAAUGAAAGAUGUUUUUGAUAUAUAUGAUACAAAAAGUCAAGGUAUUAUUAAAACUAGUUCGCUUGGUACAAUUCUUCGUAAACUUGGCUUUAAUCCACUUGAAAGUGAUGUACAACGAGUUAUUAAAGAAGUUGAUCCAAAAAAUACUGAUCAAUUAAAAUUUCCUGAAUAUGUUAGCGCAGUUUUAAAUAUUCCUACAUCUGUAACCGACAAAGAUAUUAUUCCUGCUUUUCAAGUAUUCGAUAUAGAAAAUGUUGGUUUAUUAGAAGCUGAAGAUAUGAUGAAACACUUGUCAAAUAUUGGUGAACAACUUAAUGAAAUCGAAUCAAAAACAUUUAAGGACAAUAUGAAUAUUAAUGAAAAAGGUUUAUUUGACUACAAUGAAUUCUUUCUUAAAUUUACUCAACCAGCAGCACCUAAAAAGAAGAAGAAAGGCAAAAAAAAGAAGAAAACGAAAUAA